CACCGAUAGUACCAUCGAUAGUUCUGGCUGCUCUAGUCGCGAAAACACAGACGCAAGAUAAAAGAAAAACAGACGAAGAGGGAAUACGGGAAAUACGCGGGAAGAGCAGCCAGAACGCCAAAAUUUUCACGCGCAACGAUUAACGAGAAUAAACAGCCUCACCAUUGAUCAAUUCCUGCAACUGCAAGAGCGGAUCCGUAACUUCGAGGGCAUGCUUGGCGGCGGCAGCGGGGAGCGUCUGUGCACGCCAAGCACUUCGGCCGGCCCAUUCCGCAUCUUUUCCGUGGCCGGAUUCCAGAACCGGGCCAAUGACAUCGUCUACUGCCCACCGAUUGUGCGCCAGCACUCGGUGCACGUGCCGGAGGACUCCACGGCCAUAAUUUACUUUGGUGGCGACGUGCAGGACUUCCCGGAGAGCAUGGAGACAAACCGUGACAGCCGGGGCUACAUGAAGUACAACCUCGAGAACUCGGCCAUCCUUCUGCGCGAGGCCUUUCCCCGGUCACACAUCAUCGUCAUCCGGCCCGUGCGCAUGGAGUUCAAGACAUUCAGUUGCUUUGACAACUUUGUACGGGGCAACAACGCUGGAGUUCCGGAUCACACGCCCAUGAACCAUGCCCUCCAGCAUCUAGAAAAACUGCUUCAGAAUCUAUCGCAGCGCCUGAUCUCAAUACCAGAGAACGAAAUUCUGGAUCAGGCCGCCCAGGCAGCGGCUGCUGCGGCGGCAGUGGCUGCUGCUGCUGCGGCCGCAGCUCUAACGCUCUCCAACGCCACGGUCACCUCGGAGUCCAACUCACAAUCGGCACCGGCCAACGACAGCAGCCAGGAGAUGGACAUUGACAUACUGCAGGUGCAGGAGAAUAUCACAGUGGACGCGGAUGGUGCAGUAAUAUUUCCGAUAGUGGGCAACGAAGUGCCAGAGGCAGUGAACAAUGUGUCCGGGAAUAAUGGCAACAUCGGCGGUGGCGGCAACGAUGACAGUGUGAACAACCACCAAGAGCAAGUGAACAACCAGCAGCUCCAGCAGCAGCAGCAAACGGCGGCAGCCAUAAAGAUGACUUCUCCCACAACGGCGUUAAAUGCCACCAACAAUGUGGAGCACUACAACAACGAUUGUGGUACGAGGCAGGCUUCCGCUGCCUCUGCAACAACAGCCUCGGCAACGGGCACCUCCACAUCAACGGCAAGCAGCGACAGCAAUCCGCUGUGGUGGCGGGAGAACCUCAAUCUGGACAAAUCAAAGCUGGUGCUGAUUGGCUUUAGCAAGGGCUGCGUCGUGCUCAAUCAAUUCAUCUACGAGUUCCACUAUCUUAAGACGCUCACGCCCGACGACAGCAGCAUGUGCCGUCUUCUCUCCCGGAUUUCAGACAUGUACUGGCUGGAUGGCGGCCACGGGGGCCAGAAGAACACAUGGAUCACAUCCCGUAGUUUGCUGGAAACACUAACGCGGAUGGCAGGCAUGAACAUCCAUGUCCACCUGACGCCCUACCAGGUGCAGGACGAUCGUCGACCCUGGAUCAGGAAGGAGGAGAAACUGUUUACGGACAUGCUGCGGAGGCUGAAUGCGCCGAUCACCCGGCACUUGCACUACGACAACCAGCCGGCGAAUCUGAUGACCCACUUCGAGGUGCUGCAGGCCUUUUGCCAGCACGUCCAUGCGCUCAACCAGCAGCAACAGCAAAUGCAGCAGCAGCAGGGAGUCGGCAUCAGUGACCAGUCCUCGGCAGCGGUGGCCGCCACCAACAAUGGGAGCAACAAUCUAUUGGAAGCCGGCGAGGAGGCAAAGUGA